UUUGGUUAUAUUUGUUUAUUUUUUGAAAUUGACAUAAAUAUUGGAAAUUUAAUAUAUAAGAAAAUUAUAGAUAUUUUGCCGUGAAAUAAUUCAAAGAUAUGGCAUCAGAACCAAAAAAAUCAGGAAAACUUGCUCCUUUAUCACCUCCACCUAUCGUCGACAUAUCUGAUGACGAGCUGGUUAGUAUUUCUGUAAGGGACUUGAAUAGGCAACUUAAACUGAGAGGCCUCUCAAGAGAUGACAUAGUUCGAAUGAAGCAACGUAGAAGAACAUUGAAAAAUAGGGGGUACGCUGCAUCUUGUAGAAUAAAACGAAUUGAACAAAAAGAUGAGCUUGAAACAGAGAAGACACAAGAGUGGAGGGACAUGGAAAUUAUGCAAGAAGAGGUUCACAGUAUGAGAGAAGAAAUGAUGGAGAUAAAAGGCCGUUAUGAAGCACUGAAACAGUUUGCUAUAAGGAACAAAAUUCAUAUACCACCGGAAUUAGAACGGUUAUAAUGUUCGGAAAUUAUUUAUUUAGGUAUUGCCAUAAAAACAAAGCACUGAUUGCUGAACACAUUUAAUUUUAUCAUACUUUUAUAUAAUUGAUAUAUUGAGAAGUGAUUGAUAUGACAUACUUUAUCAUUGUAGAUAAAUUAGAUCUAAUUUAUAAAAAAUAUUGAAUAAAAUAGUUCAUCUGAAUACAUAUUUAAAUUUUGGGGCACACUACAUAUCUGUUACAUUUAACUUUAGUAUUUCUAAACAGAGUGUUAUAUAUUACUUAUGAACUUGGGGACAUUAAAUGUCGAAACAUUC